AUGGGAGUUUGUUGUGGGAAAUCAAAGAAGAGUAAGAAUCAUGAAAUCGAACAUAUUGGUUUUCCCGAAUUCAAAGUAUUAGACAGAGUAAGCAAAUCUCUAAUUACUCUAAACCCUAAUGAAAUUCAAAGGACAAGCUUUAAAGGAAAAGCCAAAAUAAAGCAAGAUUCUGGAAUAGGUCUACUCUUGAACUCUCAAAUUUUUCUUAUUGGCGGAAGCCGAAAAUCAGGAACAUUGACAUCUAAAGCCUUUUUAAUUGACCCACUCUUUGAAACAAUCAAAUUUUUCCCUGAUGUACCUGUAUCAGUAAAGAAGGGAACGAUUUUGGAAUUUGAAAAUUGGCUUUAUUAUAUAGGUGGAGUAUCACACUUGACAAAACCAAACAGUGAUUGUAUUGACACUCCUGCUCCAUUUAUGAGGAUAAAUGGAACUCUCGAAGCAUGAGAAAUUCUGGAUGACAAAUUUUCAAAGGAAGGGCUAAGUAUUAAAAAUCUGCUUAAUCCUGGAUCAUUUGUAUAUAGCAAUAAAAUCUAUUUGAUAGGCGGACAUAUAUAUGAAAACGAAAAAUUGAGGUGGAACACUUCAAUUUAUUCAAUAAAGCAAGACGGAAAGAUAUGAAAGCUGAUAGAUGAGCAAUAUGAGUUGCCAACAGGUUUGAAUGAGACAAUAUGCAUAGUAGAUGGGGCAACUGUAGAGAUUUUAAGUGAACGGGACAAUGAAAAUAAAAGAUUUAAACACCAUUUCAAAAUUUUUUUCCCAACAAAACAAAUUACAAAGCUCGAAGAAUUUCCGGUAUAUCAAGAAAAGCUAUAUCCACCAAUUUAUAUAUGAAGUUUCACUAUUUUGAUAGGGAACGAAGAAAUGGGAGUAAAGAAAAAAGGAGAAAACUUAUGAAGAGUGGAAAAAAUAAUGCGAAUGAAUGAAGAAGCAAAAAAAUCAUUUGCUUCUCAAAUAGGGUCACAAAAAGAAAGCUAUCAGGUGGAAGUAAUUGAUAUAGAAAGUAUUAGCUCUGCUAAAGAGAUAGAAGAACCAGAAAAAAAAGAUGAGCAUUCAGAACCCGAAGAAAUUGAAGAAAAUCAAGUAGAAAUACGAACUCACAAAAAGUUGAAAUUAGAAAACAACAUCAAAGUUUCGCAUGAUGAAGUUGAAGUCGAAGCAAUAGACAUCAGUGUCGGGCAUUCUGAGUCUCAUUUAACAUCGAUCGACAUCAAUGAUGCCCCUAAACAGAUAGAAGAAGUUAAGCAGCUUACAACACCAUUGCUAGGACUACUAGAAACUUUAACCAUCGAAGAGCGAGAAGUUUUCGCAAGAUUCAAGCGAGAAUUUGGAUCAAAAUACAGUGAUCACACUCUUGGCAGAUUUUUAAGAGCUCGCAAAUUCGAUUACGAAAAAUCAAGGCUGAUGUUCACAAAUUAUUUGAAAUGAAGAGAAGAUAACGGAGUAAAUGAAAUAGCGUCCUGAGAGUUCAAUGAACUUCCUCAAGUAAAAGAAGUGUAUCCUCAUGGAUUUCACAAAACAGAUAGACAUGGAAGACCGAUCUAUAUUGAAAGAAUAGGGAUGCUUCAAAUAAAGCAACUCUUUGAAAUCACAACUGAAGAAAGAAUGCUCAAGUAUUAUAUAAGAGAAUAUGAAGGCACAGUAAAUGAAAAAAUUCCUUCAUGUGCUAAUCUAGCUGGACAUACUGUGGAGCAAACACUCACCAUUUUGGAUCUUGGAGGUGCAACGACCAAACUUAUGAGCAAAAAUGUGUAUAAGUUUAUUAAAUUGGCCUCAUCAAUUGCACAAGACUAUUAUCCAGAAAUGCUAGGGAAAAUGUUUGUUGUUAACACUCCUGGGUUGUUUAAUCUGGCAUGAAAAGUGGUUCGCCCGUGGCUUGAUGAAAGAACGCAGUCCAAAAUAAGUAUUGAAGGCAAAAAUUUUCAAAAUAAGCUGUUUGAACUAGCACCUCCUGAAAACUUGCCUGAUUUCUUAGGAGGAACUUGCAGUUGUCCAGGAGGGUGCAUAAAUAGUAAUGUAGGACCAUGGAAUAACCCGAAAUAUUUACCCAAAAAGAAUCCAAAUAUUAUAACUUAA